GCGGGCCUUGGUCGCAGGCGGGAAGGAAAAAAACAAAUUGACCCUUCCAAACCGGAAGUUCUGGGGUUCGGGGUGGGGUGACGGUUCUAGUGAUGUCAUGACGACAGGCGGCCGAACGACUCCUACCGCGUAUGCGCUGCGCUUAACUUGAAGUUGAAGCGGAAACCAACAGCGGCCGGCCCGGCGGGAAUUGCUGAUCCGGUCCGCGGGCUGCCCGCGCCAUGCUGCUGUGCGAGCUGUGCGGCCAGGCGCUGCGCACGGAGCUGGAGAUGCGGCGCCACUUGCUGCGCGCGCACCUGGAGCGCGAGACUCGCUGCCCGUUCUGCUCGUUCUCCGCGCCCGGCUCCGACGAGCUGCGCGGUCACGUGGACAGCGCGCACCCGGAGCCGGGCCCUGCCCCCGCGGGCGGCCCGCCCCAGUGCCCCGUCUGCGGGGAGACCGGCGCCUCGGGCCGCCAGGUGGAGGCGCACUUGAGGUCCCGGCACGGCCACCUCCUGGACCCGCCGGCCCCGGGAAAUGGUCAACAGCUAUAUGAAUGUCCAAUGUGUGAUCUUGUCUGUGCAGACUGUCAGAUUCUCCAGGAACAUGUUGACUUGCACUUAGAAGAAUACCGCUUUUCAGAAGUAGAUAUAAAUGUAGGUGGAAGUUUAAGUGAUCUGGAACUGGCUCAGCAGCUCCAGAAUGAAGAAGACAGACAGCAAGGAUUAGAAGAAGCAAGACAAGAGCGAGAAUUCCAAAAACUGCAGAGACAAUAUGGCUUGGAUAGUUCUGGAGGCUACAAGCAGCAGUCACUAAAGAACAUGGAAAGGGAAGUAGCUAGGGGAAGGAUGUCGCCUUCUGAAUAUCAUAAGAGAAAAGCUGACAUGAUGGAAUCUUUGGCUUUUGGUGUAGAUGAUGGGAAAACAAAAACCUCAGGAGUCAUUGAAGCACUGUGCAGGUACUAUCAAAAUGAAAUCAAAGAUGUAAGGCGUGUAUGGCUUUCUACAGGAGUGGAUCACUUCCACUCAUCUUUGGGAGACAGAGGUUGGGGUUGUGGCUACAGGAACUUUCAAAUGCUGCUUUCUUCAUUAUUGCAGAAUGGCAUGUAUAAUGACUGUUUGAGAGAUAUUACUCUAAUUCCUAGUAUUCCAAAAAUUCAGUCCAUGAUUGAAGAUGCUUGGAAAGAAGGUUUUGAUCCUCACGGAGCAUCUCACUUCUGCAAUAGAUUACAUGGUACCAAGGCAUGGAUAGGAGCAUGUGAAAUUUAUUCUCUGUUAACCAGUCUCAGAUUAAAGUGUCAAAUCAUUGACUUUCACAAGUCAACUGGCCCCUUGGGUACCCACCCUCGUUUAUUUGAAUGGGUUUUGAGCUAUUAUUCUUCAAACAGAGAAGGCAGUUCAAAGGUUGUGUGUACCCCCAAACCACCUAUCUACAUGCAGCACCAAGGGCAUAGCCGUACUAUUGUUGGAAUAGAAGAGAGGAAGAAUAGAACAUUAUGUUUACUAAUAUUUGACCCAGGAUGUCCAUCGCAUGAAAUGCAGAAACUGCUAAAACAAAGCAGUGAUGAUACCAGUCUCAAACUACUUCGGAAAUUUGUGGGUAGCUUAAAAGAUAAGCAGUACCAAAUAGUGGCUGUAGAUGGCGAGCUCUCACCAGAGGAGAAAGUUGUAAGUAUUCCAGAAAAGUUCCUGAGUGGUAGCCAUGUUAAUCUGUAUCAGCAGAAAGAACGAGGAGUACUUGUGGCACCUUAGAGACUAACAAAUUUAUUUGAGCAUAAGCUUUUGUGGGCUAAAGCCCACUUCAUCAGAUGCAUGCAGUGGAAAAUACAGUAGGAAGAGAGAGACAGAUAGAUAUCUUGUAUCUUAUAUCUAUAUCGCGUGUAUGUGUGUAUUAUACACACACACACACACACACACACACACACACACACACACACACUACACAGAGAAUAUAUACAGAGAACAUGAAAAAAUGGGGGUUGCCAUACCAACUCUUAACUCUGUACACAGAAACAUAACAGAAUUAACCGUUCGUCUUUUUCAAUUGUGAAUAUCCACUCUGGGUGUAUUGUGAUCUUUUUUUGUUUCCACACCCCACACUCCAGCAAAACAUCACAAAACAAAAUGCCCCUCUGUUUAUUCUUCACUAAUAAAAGUAAGAUCUUUAAAACACUUUAGUACACAUUCUUGUACUCAUGUGGUUCAAGUUCUUGUAAUUCUAAUUUAAAGGAAUAUUCAAGACCAAAAUAUUUAUACUAAUUCUACCAUUCUUAAAAACAGUUUCCUAACUCAGUUUUGUGAAGCUUGCAGCUUUGUGUAUGUACAUAAUACUUUACAUGUAUACAGCAUUUUUUCCAAAAGAAUACUGAGCGCUUCUCAGAAACAAAGCAUAGCAUACCCAAUUCAAACUGUUAAGAUAAUUUAAUUAGAUCUUAUCUGCACUAAGAUUAAGGCUGUAGCAAUAGGUUAUUGUUUUAUGUGUAAACCAAUGGGGGAUGAGACACACAUCACCAACAUGUUUCACACUGGUAUUGGCUGACAGCAGAGAAGUAUAGUCUCAUGACUCCUAGGUUCACUUCCUGGUUCUCUGAUUAGAAUAGACCAGGGAUCGGCAGCCUUCGACACGCAGCCCGUCAGGGAAAUCCGCUGGCGGGCCUGGCCGGUUUGCUUACCUGCAGUGUCUGCUGGUUUGGCCGAUCGCAGCUCCACUGGCUGCCGUCCGCCGUUCUAGGCCAAUGGGGGCUGUGGGAAGCGGCGUGGGCUGAGGGAUGUGCUGGUCGCCACUUCCUGCAACCCUCAUUGGCCUGGAGUGGUGAAUGGCGGCCAGUGGGAGCUGCGAUCGGCCAAACCUGCGGACGCUGCAGAUAACCAGCUCAGCCCGCCAGUGGAUUUCCCUGAUGGGCCGCGUGCCAAAGGUUGCUGAUCCCUGGAGUAGACUGUUUUUCCCCUGUAUCUCUGUCCCUUUUCCCCCUCCCACUCUGCUGUUCUUCACUCUUUAGGUCCUACCAUUCCCCUGCCCCUCUGCAUUCCAUUCAGGUUGCUUUCUCAUCCAUCCUUCCCAACAGUGGCAAUAUUGAUAGCUUAGGAGAGACAGUGUCUCUGCUCAGUUCUGUUGCCAGCCACAGCAGUUCUCAGAAGUGUUGAAGGAGCAAUUACAGGGAAAGUUCUGUUCGAUCCAUGCAGCCGUGGGCUGAAGCAUGAUCAGUACAGAUCAUAGAAUAUCAGGGUUGGAAGAGACCUCAGGAGGUCAUCUAGUCCAACCCCCUGCUCAAAGCAGGACCAACGUCAACUACAUCAUCCCAGCGAAGGCUUUGUCAAGCCGGGCCUUAAAAACCUCUAAAGAUGGAGAUUCCACCACCUCCCUAGGUAACCCAUUCCAAUCCUUCACCAUCCUCCUAGUCAAAUAGUUUUUCCUAAUAUCCAACCUAGACCUCCCCCACUGUAACUUGAGACCAUUGCUCCUUCUUCUGUCAUCUGCCACCACUGAGAACAGCCUAGCUCAUUCCUCUUUGGAACCCCCCUUCAGGUAGUUGAAGGUUGCUAUCAAAUUCCCCCUCACGCUUCUCUUCUGCAAACUAAAUAAGCCCAGUUCCCUCAGCCUCUCCUCAUAAAUCAUGUGCCCUGGCCCCCUAAUAAUUUUUGUUGCCCUCUGCUGGACUCUCUCCAAUUUGUCCACAUCCUUUUUCUAGUGGGGGGCCCAAAAGUGGAUGCAGCACUCCAUAUGUGGCCUCACCAGUGCCAAAUAGAGGGGAAUUAUCACUUCCCUCGAUCUGCUGGCAAUGCUCUUACUAAUGCAGACCAAUAUGCUGUUAUCCUUCUUUGCAACCAGUGCACACUGUUGACUCAUAUCCAGCUUCUCGUCCACUGUAAUCCCCAGAUCCUUUUCUGCAGAACUGCUGCUUAGCCAGUCGGUCCCCAGCCUGUAGCAGUGCCUGGGAUUCUUCCAUCCCAAGUGCAGGACUCUGCACUUGUCCUUGUUGAACCUCAUCUGAUUUCUUUUGGACCAAUCCUCCAAUUUGUGUAGGUCCCUCUGGACCCUAUCCGUACCCUUCAGCAUAUCUACCUCUCCUCCCAUCUUAGUGUCAUCUGCAAACUUGCUGAGGGUGCAAUCCAUCCCAUCAUCCAGACCAUUAAUGAUGCAGUGCUCCAUGUAUUUAGAACUCUAAUAGGUCUCUGCUGAGCACUUGUAAACAAUUUUUUCAGAGGUUUAUAACUUGGCCAAAUUUGGAGUGAACUUUUUGAUCCCUAACAAAAGACACAAUUGUUGACACCAGGUACCCCCCUCCACAUGGAGGUGCUAGAGCUUCUCAACAAAAUGGCUAUAUGAAUUUUUUAAUAUGGACAAAAUAACUACUUCCCUAAUCUCAUUUUUUCAGCUGAAAUUUAAACCCUUAGUUUAAGGUAGACACCCAGCAUGGAAAAACUUCAGCGUGAAUGUCUAAAGUUUAGUAAAGUUAUAAGCAACUGCAAACAAGGUUUAUAAUGGAAGGAAAUAGGUAACCUUAACUCUAGGUUAAAGUUAUUUAAUACUUAAAAAAAAAUUAUAACUAAUUUAUAAUAUUUUGAAAUUACUUAAUGCUCACAAUUGCAUAAGGUAUAUUCUGAAUGAUAUUUUUGUUCUCUAAAUGCAUCUAAUUUUCUUUUUAAGGCUCGCCGCCAGGCUUCUCAAGUGUUCACAGCAGAACGGAUUCCUUAACAGAUUGCCUAUUUGCCACUUUUCUCUGGAACUCAGUGGAUGUGAAACUUUAAAUGCAUUUAGACAGCUUUUCAAUCACUGUAUUUAUAAUGUGUUAAUAUUUUCAGAAUUUUUAAUUAUACCUUGCCAAAAAAAGUUUGUCAUGCUAAUUUUUUAAUAAAUAUUGAUGGGCUUCA